AUCUCUUGUAAUGGCAAUGGCAGAUAAACGUCGGCUGCAAAAUGAAUAGUGAUUAGUGAAACUAAGUUGAAAAGUGACAUGUCAAUCUCAUUUUGUAGUAAAAAAUGAUGAAAUUUUAACCACAAAAAAUUAAUUUAUUGCUUGAUUAUCAUCAGAUUCCAAAAAUGUUUUAUGAUUAUUCUAUAUGGCAGAAUGGCACACAUAUCAAAGCCUUCAAUCUUGAUAUGUAAAUGCUUUUAAUACGAAAUUUUAAAUUAGCAUGUGAAUUCUCGUGUAAUUAGAUUGUGUCGGUUGUAUUGCCAGUAAACAGAUUUAGUUCUGGAAAAGAUGUUUAAAAUAUCAAGAAUCCUCUCGAGAUCUUCAAUUCGUUCAAGUUUGAAAAUACCCUGCAGCUCCUGUAGCUCUAGUAUAAACCAACCUACUAGUGCAAGUGCAACGCAACCAAUCGCCGGCCUAAGCAAUGACUCUAGAGAAUUAUAUGGUCAACCAACUAGCAGUACACAUCCUCAUCUCAUGGUUGAGAAUGAGCUCGUUCCAGGAAUCACGAAGGACGAGUUUUUGGAAAGACGACACAAGUUCAUGAAAAAUUUGAUUGAAUCAUCGGCACCUGGGCUCAAUCACAUUGUCGUUAUACCUUCAGCCAGCAAAGUGUACAUGACUGAAAAAAUACCCUACGUUUUCCGUCAAAAUAGCGACUUUCUGUACUUAACUGGAUGUCAAGAACCUGACAGUGCAAUGGUCAUGGUUGGACGAGAUGCCGACAAAUUCAUAUCAACAAUGUUCGUGAGGAAACGAGAUGCGCAUUCCGAACUGUGGGAUGGACCAAGAACAGGUGUUGAGAGGGCCCCUGAAUUCUUUGGGAUCGAACAAGCUUUGCCUUUUACUGAACUGAAAGCAUUUCUCAAAAUGCUUAUGAAAGAGCAGAAAAAUGCCAAACUGUGGUUCGACUACUCCAAUAAAAUUCAUCCGGAAGUUUCUAGUAUUAUGAGCAGGUUCUCUGAUGAAAAAGAACAUCAGGGGGAGCGGGAGUCACCACGUGCGCACAUCCACCAGAUGCGGCUGGUGAAGUCGCCGGCCGAACAGGGGCUGAUGCAACGAGCCUGUCAGAUCGCGAGCGAAGCGAUCGUUGCCGGCAUGGCGGCCACGGGGCGCGUGGCCUUGACCGAACAUCAGCUGUUCGCCACACUCGACUAUGAGUGCCGCAUGCGUGGCGCCGAGUGGCUCGCCUAUCCGCCAGUCGUCGCCACCGGCAACAAUGCCACCAUAAUACACUACAUCAACAACACCCAGCACAUGAGGCAUGGCCAGCUGGUGCUUGUCGAUUCAGGUUGUGAAUACCACGGCUAUGCUAGUGACAUAACCAGGACGUGGCCGGUGAAUGGGAAGUUCAGUUCAGCGCAAACAGUGCUGUACGAGUUGGUGCUUGAGUUGCAGCUGGAAGUGAUCGAUUUGUGCCGCGAUAUGCCGUCUCUCGACAAUCUCUUCCAAUACAUGUGUCGAUCACUGGGCAAAAAGUUGAAAGAAGCUGGUGUCUUGUCAUCUACGAUACCAUCUGAAAAUCUUGCAAAGUGUGUUUUCCAGAUGGCUUUCGAGUUUUGCCCACAUCAUGUCAGCCAUUACCUUGGCAUGGAUAUACAUGACACCGCAACAAUAAAAAGGAGCAUCAACUUAAAACCUGGAAUGGUGGUCACUGUGGAACCAGGCGUUUACAUAAAUCAGAACAAUACAGAUGCUAGACCUGAAUUCCGUGGAUGUGGGAUCAGGAUUGAAGAUGACAUUCUUGUGACUGAGGGAGGCCCCAUUGUACUGUCUGAAUCUUGUCCUAAAGAGAUCGCGGAAAUUGAAAAAAUUAUGUCUUCCAAAAGUACAAUAGAAAGUAGUUAAGAUUAUUUUGUUAUAUCUCAAAUUAUACACAUGUUUUUAUACAUAAUAAAUAAACCUCUUCACAUUUUCA